CACCCAGGCGCCCCAUAUUAUUUUGGUAGUUUUAGGUAGCUUUCCAUUUGAAGGAAAGGACCACUGUAGAUGGCACUGACCCCUGCCAGCGCAGGCCCAAGAAUACCUGCCCCUGCUUCAGUUCCAGUUUGGCUUGAUCCCCUUGGUGGAGGGGGCGUCUGACCGGCAUGACCCAUCCCCCACAAUAAGUAUGUCCCUUGCCCACGCAGACAGGAAACCGAGCACCGGCAGCAGCGGCCGGUAUGAGGACAGCGACGGCUGCUACCUGCAGCAGGCCAAGCCCCGCCGGAAGCUGGAGCUUCAGCAGCUGUCCAGCCCCGCCAGCGGCACGGUCAACCGCAUCAGGAGCAGCAGCUCGGCGGCCAACCUCAUGGCCAAGAAGCGGGUGAUCCGCAUGCUCAUGGUCAUCGUGGUCCUCUUCUUCCUGUGCUGGAUGCCCAUCUUCAGCGCCAACGCCUGGCGGGCCUAUGACACGGCCUCGGCCGAGCGCCGCCUCUCGGGGACCCCCAUUUCCUUCAUCCUCCUGCUGUCCUACACCUCCUCUUGCGUCAACCCCAUCAUCUACUGCUUCAUGAACAGACGCUUCCGCCUCGGCUUCAUGGCCACCUUCCCCUGCUGCCCCAACCCUGGUCCCCCAGGAGCGAGAGGAGAGGUGGGAGAGGAGGAGGAAGGCAGGACCACGGGGGCCUCUCUGUCCAGGUAUUCCUACAGCCACAUGAGCGCCUCUGCGCCGCCCCCCUGAGCUGUGCCCGCCUCCAGCGCCGCAGGGAGGAGGGGGCAAAGAGGAGGAGCCGAGAAGGAAGAUUGCCAUUGCCGGUGGGAACUGUUCAUUGUCUGCUUUUCAUCCUUCAUCCGGGUUCCAGGGGAACUCCAGCAGAGCGGGGCUGUGACUUGGCUUCUAGGCAAUUCAAGGCAGGAAAUGUUCAGUGACAUUGACCAUCAGAAACACCUCAACAGGCCAGUCGCCGGAGUCCAACAGGGCUCAUACUGCAAAUGCAAUGCCGAACACGUGGUCAGCGUGGAGAUGUGGACCGUACUGAAGCUUUAGAAGUUUCUAGAAC